AAACCAAUCAGGUUUAAUGGAACCCCGCUUCCCCGGGCAAACCUGCGUUCUACAUCUCGCGCUCCUACGAGUCUACGCAUGCGCGGUCCGUCUCGCUUUGCGGAAGAAGGUGAUGUUUUGAUUUUGAACGCUACUCCACAUGCAUGGCUACGUUGACUGUCACUGUCAUAUCUCUGCGAGGGAUUUUGACAAGGACAUAGAGGAGGUGAUUGAGAAUUCAAAAACGGCUGGAUUGUUAGCAAUAUUAGCCGUGGCCGAGCAUGCUGGGGAAUUUGACAAGAUUAUUGAGUUGUCACAGAGGUUUCCAGGUUUUAUUUUUCCCUGCCUUGGAGUCCACCCUGUUCAAGAAGUUUCCCCAGAGCAACAGAGGGGGGCUUCUCUCCAGGAUCUAGAUGCUGCUCUACCCAUAAUAGAGAAAUACAAAGACCACCUUGUGGCCAUUGGGGAGGUUGGUUUGGAUUUUACACCCAGAUAUGUCCGUGGUGAGAGUGACAAAGAGAGCCAAAGGCAGGUCCUCAUUCGUCAGGCACAGAUAGCCAAGGAACUGGAUCUCCCUCUAAAUGUUCAUUCACGGUCUGCAGGGAGACCCACCAUCCAUCUUCUGAAGGAGCAAGGUGUCGAAAAAGCCCUUCUUCACGCUUUUGAUGGGAAACCGUCUGUUGCCAUGGAGGGAGUGAAGGCUGGAUAUUUCUUUUCUAUCCCACCAUCCAUCAUACGCAGUGAACAGAAGCAGAAACUUGUGAAACAGUUGCCAUUAGAGAACAUCUGUCUAGAAACUGAUUCACCUGCUCUCGGUCCAGAAAAGCAGGUGAGAAAUGAGCCCAAAAACAUCUGUAUCUCUGCCGAGUACAUCAGUAAGAUCAAAGGAGUGUCGCUGCAGGAGGUGAUGGAGGUGACGACACAGAACGCUCUCCGACUCUUCCCAAAGCUAAAGUCUGCUAUCAGACCCUGAUAAGGUGUAAAUCAAUUUCAGAGCCACAAAUUAAAAGCAAAAACACCUAUAUGUGGACUUAUGUGCUUAAAGCCAUUUAUGUAUCGCCAUUUAUUAUUAAUUAAAGGAAGAUGAGAUAACAAUUUAA